AUGAACGGCAUGUCUUCAAGGGAAUACCAGGAUGUUUAUGCAAAGUCGGCGUGGUUUAACGUCCGCCAAGCGUGGAAUCGCGACUUUCGCAACCUACAACAGGGCAUCACGCAGGAGAACAGAUCUGUUAACGUCGCUCAGACACGACCAAAAACUGGCACUGGAGUGAGUCCGUUGUCAAAUUGGUGAGGGAUGCAUUCAAAUGUCAGAUCCUUCUAGACAUGGGGACUGGGUGGGACCGGCUGACGGCAGUAACGAAAUGAGCAGUAGUCCUUAUGUCUCCAUGUCUCUGUCUGCUAAAAGCCUCAGUUAGCGACUACUCCCUCCUGUUAAAUGGCGUGUAAACGCUCCAUUUUGUGUCGCCAAGGCAAUCACUAGUACCAAAAUUAUGACUAGAGCAGUGAAUACCUCAUUCAGUGGCUCAUGUAUUUAGACUAACAAGAUAAACUAUAAGUUCACCCAGUAACCUGGUUUGGGAGCUUGCAUUGCAUAUGCGGUUUUUAUCCUCCAAGCGGCGAAGUGGCCUGGAAACGCGCAUUUUAUUCACGUUAAACUCUUAUUUUUAGUGCAGCACGAAUAAGUUUUUAGUGUGUCCAAAAUCUGUUCAGUGUACUUUACCGCAACUCUGUCGGAAAGGACUGUUGCCAGUGGCUUUUUACGCAGUUACAUGGACGACAAACUCUCGCGCAAGAGGUCUGGGUCAUGUCUAAGCCCUGUGAACACGAAUCUAGAUAUUUUGUUUUGCAGCAAAUAUAUAUGAGCGCCGGGUAACGAUACGUCAUUUCUCUCGCAGACAAGAUUGCCGGAGAGUUUUCCGUAAAAAAGUCAAAACGUGACAAUAAUUGCCCUUGAUGUUUGCAGUAUGCCUCUAGUUUCAUGUUUUUGUAACAUAAUCCGGAAAUUAUCAUUGGGAGAAUGUCAGACGUGACGUUUGUUUACACAGUUACGGCAGGCAUGAUAUUUUGGUUGCACAACCAAUGGUGUAACCAAUCCGUAAACAGGGAUAUACGGCUGACAGUCCUCGUUUGAGUAAGAUGAAAUUGCCUCAGUCUCUUCAGACAACUUUACAAACUGAACUUUUGGAGUGAGCCCAAAGGUUGCAUUCCGACUGAUUUACGAUUAAUUUCUGAAGAUAUUUAAACUGCGGUAUCUACGAGAAAGGGUAUGCGGAACGCUGGGGGAACCGCUGAUGGGCUAAAUCCCUUGCAGCUGUGUCAUGUAACAGAAGAAUACUCGUAAAACACGGGCCUGAAAUUUUGGCAGGUAUGCGUGCUGUCAGUGCGGUAAAUCAUACAACAUGUCUAUACUACUGGCUGCCUGUUGAGAGUUUGUGAGUACUACGUGGUUAUCCCGUCGUAGUAGAUGAAUUUCGGCUCAAAUACUUCUAUCAACUUCCGGACUGAGUCUAUAGAAUUCCAUUCCGACAGAUUUCUGUUAGGUUAGAAAUUAAUUUCUGGGGCGAUUAAAAAGCCGAAAUUCGCAAAACCUGCUGGACUGGAUGCAUGAUCCACUGAAGAUGGGAGGACACACCCCAGGCAGAUGUUUACCCAACUUCCUUAUCACUGUCUAACUACUUUCUCGGCUUGUAUGACUGUGCAACAGCAGAAACGCUUAAGUGUCCUACUCUUCAAAUCAUCAAUUUUUCAAAAGGAUACAGUUUUGGUGGACAAGGUGUCCGCCGGCUUAUCUAAAACCCUGAGCACACGUUUUUCUGCCUUCUUUCCCUCGUUCAUACUUUUCCGUCUUUUCUGACAGGUAGGCGAAGAUGGUGUGGCUUAAUCAUGAGAAUACUAGUAAGGGUUUCCUAAGGACAGUCACCUCGAAGAAUCUUUUUCCACCGCGCAAGACGGCGAAAGGACUUCAUUUUUUGUUUUACUUCCCUACCGUUGGCGAUUUAAAUAACACUUGGUGUCCUAAACCGAGCGAAACUCCUAAAGGCGCAGAUGGUCGACCAUGUGCACUUUUGGCUCGUUCGGUAUUUUCCCUGUUAUCUCAAACACCGACAGUCAGCUUGAUUUUAAGCAGUGUCUAGCAAGAGUAGCAGGAAUUCCGGGUUGUUACUGGCACACGGUUAUUAACCGAUCGCACGAAAUGUUAACUGAAAUUCCCAAAUAAGUAUCCAAAUAGGAGGGAUUACAUAAGUGCCGUUGUGAUAUUGAUUAUUUUGCGGAAUAAUUCCAUAAUGUUUCAGACAAGUCAGGAUGUCGACUUUUAAAUGCACUUCUUUUCGGCCAUCUCCAGUAGCCGCACUCCAUGAAAAAUGUCUACCUACGCAGAAUGCACUUUUUCUAUCGAUUUUUGAUGUCCUUAUAAAGUCAAGUAUAUUAUGUAGACAAAGUGCAAACCAGUACUAUUUCUCAUACUCAUUUAGUAUAAAAGCACGUCUUUUUGCAAUUUUUUAUCUAAAGAAAGGGUAUAUUUCGGCUGGUUAGGAGUUUUUUGAAUCCCGGAAUAAGUUUUUGUCUUAUUUGCUGCUGCAUUUCCGCUUGCGGUUUUCGGU